GCUUCUGAGCUCCAUCAGAUUCUGACACCCAAAUCAGCUCCCUGAUUUCGAAUUCCUCUGUCCCCCCGACUCUCUCUCAUGAGUCCAUGCAUGGCUGCUUUACCCCCAUGUCAUGCACCCAUCAUGGACCCCUCCUCACAUCAGCACCAUCAUGGCCGUUCAUUGAACAUUCUCAUUGCUCCCAUCACCACCUCUUUGCUCAUGAUGAAAUGGCAUGGCUCCGAACCUCAAGACCUCAUCAUGCUCCGUCUUCCAUCCACUUCUCCCUGUUGGUCACACGUAUCAAAACACCCCCUCAGCUGUUUGUUCUCUCUCCGCUGCUCCCAUGGCUUCCAAGUGCUUCUUCUCAAAUCUCUUCGUCUUGUUCUUCUCCUUCUGCAAUGUUGCCUUCUCCUUUGAGCCACUUAACAUGGAAGUGGAGGCUCUGAUAGCUAUUAGAAGCGAACUGCAUGACCCACAUGGGGUUCUGAGCAAUUGGGACGAAGACUCCGUGGAUCCCUGCAGCUGGGCGAUGAUCACUUGUUCCCCAGAGAAUCUUGUUAUUGGCCUGGGAGCACCGAGCCAGAAUCUUUCAGGAACGCUCUCUGGGAGGAUAGCGAACCUCACCAAUCUCCAGCAAGUAUUGCUACAGAACAACAACAUAUCAGGUGAGCUGCCACCAGAGCUUGGACUUCUCCCAAAGCUCCAGUCCUUGGACCUCUCCAACAAUGGCUUCUCCGGCAGCGUCCCCGCGUCCUUGGGCCACCUCACCAGCCUCCGAUAUCUGAGACUCAACAACAACAGCUUGUCUGGGUCCUUCCCCGAGUCGCUGUCAAGAAUUCCACAGCUCUCUUUCUUGGACUUGUCUUGCAACAAUCUCAGCGGGCCGGUUCCUCUAUUCCCGACCAGAACUUUCAACAUCGUGGGCAAUCCUCUGAUAUGUGGAAACCGGAGGACGGAGGAGUGCUCGCGAACGGCCAUCCCCAGCUCUCUUCCUUUCCUGUUAGAUUCAUCGGCUCAGAAGAGAUCGAAGGCCAAGAAGCUCGGCAUUGCGAUGGGUGCCAGCGUCGGUGGCUCGUCGCUCUUGCUCCUUCUCGCGUUGGUGCUCUUCCUUUGCCGCCGAAAGCGGCAGAAGAACCAAUGGAUCCUCGGCCUCGGUGACAGGGAAAAGGAGGAGGGUGCGGUGAUGGUGGGGCUGGGGAACCUGCGGCGGUUCACACUGCGGGAGCUGCGGGCGGCGACGGAGAACUUCAGCGGGCGCAACGUGCUUGGGAAGGGCGGGUUCGGGCACGUGUACAGGGGGCGGCUGGCCGACGGCACAGUGGUGGCGGUGAAGCGGCUCCGGGCGGACGCCGUCGGCUCUGGCAAUGGUGAGGCGCAGUUCCGUACGGAGGUGGAGAUGAUCAGCCUCGCCGUCCACCGCAACCUCCUCCGCCUCCUCGGCUACUGCGCCGCCUCCUGCGAGCGCCUCCUCGUCUACCCCUUCAUGCCCAACGGCAGCGUCGCCGCCCGCCUCCGCGGUAAGCCUCCGUUGGACUGGAGCACGAGGAAGCGGAUCGCGCUAGGCGCGGCCAGGGGCCUCCUGUACCUGCACGAGCAGUGCGACCCCAAGAUCAUCCACCGGGACGUCAAGGCCGCCAACGUGCUGCUCGACGACUGCUGCGAGGCCGUGGUGGGCGACUUCGGCCUCGCGAAGCUCCUCGACCACGGGGACUCCCACGUCACCACCGCCGUCCGCGGCACCGUCGGCCACAUCGCCCCCGAGUACCUCUCCACCGGCCAGUCAUCGGACAAGACCGACGUCUUCGGUUUCGGCAUCCUCCUUCUCGAGCUCAUCUCCGGCCGCCGCGUGCUCGAGUUCGGCAAGGGGCCCAAUCAGAACCAGAAGGGCGCCAUGCUUGAUUGGGUGAGGAAGGUGUACCAAGAGAGGAAGCUCGAUCUUCUAGUGGACCGGGAUCUCGGUAGCAGCUACGACCGGAUCGAGGUGGCGGAGAUGGUGCAGGUAGCGCUCUUGUGCACCCAGUACCUCCCCUCCCACCGCCCGAAGAUGUCAGAGGUGGUGAGGAUGCUCGAAGGCGACGGGCUCGCCGACAAGUGGGAGGCUUCCAACAGGCCACUGGUGCAAGUCAAUGCCCCCAACUCCGACGCUCAUUCGGAUUCCAACGGCUUCUUCGUGCUCAACAACGACGACGACGAUGGUAGUGGUGAUGGCAACAGCGACGGUGAUGCUGGUUCGGGGGAUAUCGACAUGGUCGAAGAAAUGGAGUUAUCUGGUCCCAGGUAGUACUCGUGAUAGUAGAAUUAACUACUCCACCUUAGUAGUUUGGAUAUAAUUCACUGACACAGAAUUAGAUUGACCAAAGUAUAUGUUGAGUUCUUUAAUUCCUGUGCAACUUUGCAAGCUGUUGACAUGUUGUCGGAUGCUCCUCGUGAAAGACGAAAGGAGAAUAGAAUUCUUUUUCUUCUU